CACAUUUUAAGCAUAGCUACUUACUUACAAAUCAUUGUCGUUGUGAAAAAGUAUAUUAUACUUUAAUUAUAAGUGUUGUCAAUCAAAAAAACGUUCUCUCGUUUAGUUUUAUACUGAUGGCCGUUCUAUUUUUGAUAUUGUUAAGUGUGUCUGUUAUUUUGUUAAUUAUUCGUUCAAUUAAGAAACCAUAUAAUUAUCCUCCAGGACCAUCAUGGUUACCAAUUGUGGGAUGUCAGCCUAUAUUCAAGAAAAGACUAAUGAAACAUGCAGGGGCAAUGUAUUUGGGUUUACAAGAAUUGGCCGAUGAAUACAAUACAGACAUUCUAGGCUUAAAAUUAGGCAAAGAUCAAAUAAUCUGUGUUUUUGGAUACGAGCGCGUCAAAGAAGUAUUAACGAACGAUGAUUUUGCUGGUCGACCAGAUGGCUUUUUUCUUCGUCUUAGAACGUUUGGAAUGCGCAAAGGAAUAACUUUUACUGACGGGCCAGUAUGGCACGAACAACGAAGUUUUGUUAUGCGGCAUUUACGUGACGUCGGAUUUGGAAAAAAAUCAAUGGAAUUAAAAAUAAUUAACGAAUGUCAAGAUUUAAUUCAGUUUAUAAAUGAAAAUGGACCGGAUAUUAAUAUGGAGGAAUUUUUUGCUCCAAGUGUACUAAGUGUAUUGUGGGAUUUAACGGCAGGCAGAAGUUUAGAUCGAAACGAUGAUAAAUUAAAAGAAUUGUUAGUUUUACUUAAACGAAGGUUACGGGCAUUUGAUUUGAGUGGUGGUUUAUUGGGUCAAAUGCCUUGGUUACGAUUUAUUAUACCAGAAAAAAGUGGAUUUAAUCUCGUUACGAAAUUGAACGAACAAAUGCGAAAUUUUUUUAUGGAAGCAAUUUUGGAACAUCAUGCAACAUUUACAGGUGACGAUAGUGAUUUAAUUUACGCGUUUAUACAAGAAAUGAAAAUCCAACAAAAAGAAGAAAAAAAAGAUUCUACGUUUACAAAUGACCAAUUAUUAGCAGUAUGUUUGGAUUUAUUUAUUGCUGGUUCGCAAACAACAAAUUCUAUGAGUGGCUUUUUAUUUUAUAAUUUAUUGUGCUACCCUGAUAUAAAAGUUAAAAUAUUAAAGGAAAUUGAUGCUAAUAUUCCAAAAUCUAGAAUGCCAGAACUAGCAGAUCGUGUAAAACUUCCAUAUCUUGAAGCAUUCAUAAUGGAAACGAGAAGAAUGCAGCCAGUUGCUGGUGUAGCUGGUCCGAGAAGAGUAUUACACAAUUACCAAAUGGAUAAAUACCUUUUGGCAAAAGAUGUUACAGUAUUAGUAAGUAUUUGGUCCGUACAUAUGGAUAAAGAAUAUUGGAAAGAUCCGGAAGUAUUUCGCCCAGAACGUUUUAUUGGAAAAGAUGGAUUGUUUUAUCCAAAUGAACGUAUAUUAAAUUUUGGUUUAGGAAAAAGACGUUGUCCUGGAGAAGCGCUUGCAAAAGAUUGUAUAUUUUUAUUUUUCGCUGGUAUUUUACAAAAGUUUGAUGUUUUACCAGUUUCAAACAUUCCAUUGCCAUUAAAGAGGGCAUACGCUGGUAUAACAAUGACUCCAGACCCAUUUAGUAUUCGUUUUGUUAACAGAUAAAAUAUUUUAUUUUUGUAAUAAAAAAUGUAAAUUAAA